AAAUUUGAUUUGUGAAUAUGCCUCGGUAUUAUUGCGAUUAUUGCAAGUCCUAUAUUAAGAACGAUUCUGCACGAAGUCGAAAGGAGCACAUUCGUGGAGCAAAGCACCGCGAGUGUGUAGUGGAGCACUACAAGAAGGUGUUCGAGCAUUACCUUACCUUGUAUGAGCAGCAAUAUGGCUAUGGCGCUACAAAAUAACGAGUUAGUUGUAUUUACCAUUUGGUUUCCAUUGGUUUCCAUUUGGUUUCCAUUUGGUGUCCCUUUGGUGUCCAUUGGACUCCAACUGGUCUCCAAUAGGUUACCAUUUAGUCUCCAACUGGUCUCCAACUGGUCUCCAUUCGAUUUCCAUUCUAGUUCACUUCUUUUAUAA